AUGAAGUUCCUCAAAUCAUCCAAAUCACCACCCCUCCCUACCCGCGACUUCCACUUCAUCCCCAUCCCCAACACCCCGAUCAACCCACCCCCCCUCACCCUCACCCACACCACCACAUGGACCUACUGCGGCCCGCUCCUCCCCCUCAGCAACACAACGACCAACAACCCGCCCACGCCACCCACCACAACCUCCCUCUCACCAACCUUCCACGCCUGGUGCGCGCACACUCUCACACCCACCUCCGCGCCGCAUCUCCUCCCCCGCCUAACCCCCCUCCUCCACGCCAUCCACGCCUUCCUGCGCCAGCACCACCUCCACCACUACUGGCUGACUCUCCGCGCCUCCCAGCCCACGCCCACCUUCGACACGCCCCGCUGGCACGCCGACGACGACUUCUUCGACCCGGCGCGCAGCGACGCCGCGCGGGGGCGCUGGAAACUCUGCGCCACCCUGCAGGGGCCCGGCACGUUGUUUGCCGCGGAGGGGGGGACGGCGAGGGGGGUGUUGAGGAGGGCGAAGGAGAACUGGGAGGACGGGUGGAGAAGGAGAGGCCGCAUGUUUGUCCAGGGGUGA